AUGUCACCGAAAAAGGAGUGUACUACUCGGAGUACAAGUCUUCAAGCGAAAGACAGUCGGAUUGGAAUUAUCGGCAAAGGUGUUAUUGCUUGUGGAUUAGCAGCUACUAUAGGUAUACGCUACAGUGCAUGUCGCAAGCAGUUUGGACCAGCAAAAGGAGAAGAGAUUCCAGUGCUAGAUUAUCCACUGCAACGGCAUCGUCUGUUUCCAUUCUUAGCUGGGCAUUUUACACUGCGAACAUUCCAGAAUAAGUUCUGGGAACACUUCACUGGCUAUAUGAUGCGCGUAAUGCAAGGAGAAAAAUCUACUGAACUGGCGGAUUUCGCUAAAGAGAUACAUGCGUUGUCGUCAUCAGCUAAACCAGUCGCUACA